AUGACGUUUACAACCGAGAAAUACGAUCCCGCAGCUACGGGCUCAUGGCUCAUCUGUAAUGCCUGCGGCACUCAGUUCCCAAGCUCUGAUCGCUCCGUCGUCAAGACAUGUCUUAUUUGCGAUGACCCGCGACAAUAUGUUCCGCCGUCAGGACAGUCGUUCACAACUCAUGACGAAUUGGUCAAGAAGCACCGAAAUGAAUUUACUACCUACGCUGAAGAUGAUCGCUUGAUUUCGCUCACGACAACACCGAAAUUCGCCAUUGGACAGAGGGCCAUUCUCAUUCGCACUCCUGGCGGCAACAUCCUGUGGGACUGCCUGACGCUCCUCGACCAAGACACCAUCAACAGGAUCAACGAGCUUGGCGGGCUGAAAGCCGUUGUCAUCAGUCACCCGCAUUACUACAGCACCCACGUACAAUGGGGCCAGGCGUUCAAUUGCCCCGUAUACAUUGCCGCUGAGGACAAAGUCUGGACGACCAUGGAUUCCGGCCACCAGGUGCUGGUCAAGGAGAUCGACACCACGGUGGAAGGCACUGAUGCCAAGAUUAUCAAGCUUGGUGGUCACUUCCCGGGCUCAUUGGUUCUCUUGUUCGACGGCCGUCUGUUCAUUGCCGAUACGCUGAUGACGACGCCUGCCGGCAUUGGCAAGUGGGAGGUUGAUGGAACGGGUGCUACGCGAGCCAAGCCGCCUGGUCUCAAUUCGUUUUCGUUCCUCUGGAGCAUACCCAACUAUAUUCCGCUGAGCGUGGAGGAACUGGCUCGGAUGUGGGACAUUCUGAAGCAUUAUGAGUUCAAGUCUACGCAUGGCGCGUUUUUGCGCAUGGACAUUGAGGAUGUGGGUGUGAAGCAGAGAGUUUUGGAUAGCAUGCAGAUUCAGGCCAAGUUUAUGGGAUAUGGAGGACACGCGAUUAUGAGCGAGAAGAUUUAG